AUGCGAGAUGAACUGAUCGAAGCAUGGAUCUCGAGGAAAUCUCCGAGGAUCGAAGAGGAUCGUCAGCCUGCCGGCUUCGAGUGCGCCGAUGUUGUGAACAUCUUACCCGUCCUCGUCCUCCGAACUUGUCUCCUUGGGAUCGGCGCGACAAACAGAUUGACGAAUGACGCCGUAGCAGAGGGCUGGUUGGUGCGCGGAUACCGGGACGCAAGAGGGGACGGCACCUUUCGCACCGCCACGGCAACGUACAACACGUAUCGGAGAAUUGCGGCCACGAAAAUCGAGACGAGGGAGAGAGGGGCACUUAGCCCUUUGGCGAGCUCGAAGGAUGCAGCUCCCAGGCGGGAGCACGAGAAUUCCGCCCGCGAGUAUACCGGCUUCCCUUCUGGUUAUCAUCAACGGGAACAACAUCGCAACAAUCACCGGGAGUAAACGCAUCGUUAGCAACAGCGGCGGUCCCGGUUGCAACAAUUACCGUAGCAGAAGUAGUAAGAAGCACGAUAGCAGCGGAUACAGACCCGAUAAC